UAUCAGAUACUGUUCACGGAUUUGUCAUUUCUUACAUCGCGAAUAAAAAAUAUGUCCGCAGACUCCAAUAUAGGAGUAUCGGAGAGGAGAGAACUAAUCGCGCUGGUAUAUGGUGGGAAAUCGUUGCACGAGCUUAUUACUAUACGGUUCGAACAUGCGAAAUCAGUUCACCUGCUCUGCGCUAUCUGAAUCGAGCUUUCAUCAUGCGCUAACACUCUCCACUCUGUAUCGAAUUGAUCCUGGAAACCCUUGGGCCGCAUUGGCACGUGGCUUACGCGUCGGACAUUUCUGGAAGCUAUAAGUUGUAAAGUUAGUCUGGUCAUCUUACUCAAGCUAUGUACAAGACUAUCUCCUUCCCCGAGAGAACUGUCUCUUUGCUGUUCCUUCCCCUCAAGUCAAAUCCGAUUACCCGUCUUUUCUCCCGUUUCAAAACAGCCAUUCGUUGACAAUCAUGGCUGAAAAUGGGGCCAAUGACUUCAGACUUUAUCGUUAUGAUCCCUCAAUGGCAGCGGCUGUCAUCUUCAUUAUCCUAUUCACAUUGAUAACAGCGAUACACUCCUACCAACUGAUACGCACGCGAGCAUGGAUCUUCAUACCGUUUGUCAUUGGAGGCUUCUUCCAAUGUAUUGGGUACAUUGGUAGAGCAAAAUCAUCAUCCGAAUCCCCGAAUUGGACUGUACCUACGUAUUCCUUAUCAACGAUCCUACUCCUCGUCGCCCCGGCGCUAUACGCAGCGAGCAUAUACAUGAUCCUUGGUCGCAUUAUCCUUCUUACGGACGGUGAAUCCCAUUCCGUCAUCCCCAAAAAGUGGCUCACGAAGAUCUUUGUGGUCGGAGAUGUUGUGUCUUUUCUGAUGCAAGGCGCUGGCGGAGGUAUCAUGGCAUCCGGAACGAUCAGUGCCUUACACACUGGAGAGAACAUUAUCAUCGGCGGGCUUGUGGUGCAGCUUCUGUUCUUUGGUUGCUUCAUGGUCACAAGCGCCAUAUUCCACGUGCGCAUGCGCAAGUCCCCGUCCCCUACAAUUGUUUACGGACCGAUAAACUGGGAAAUACAUUUGUACGCUCUUUAUGGGUCGAGUGCACUCAUUCUUGUUCGUUCGGUAUUCCGUUUGAUUGAGUAUGCGCAAGGAAAUGACGGGUACUUGAUCUCUCACGAAGCUUUCCUGUAUAUAUUCGAUUCGGCGCACAUGCUGGCCACCAUGAUCCUUAUGGCAUGGAUCCAUCCGAGUGAGAUAACCGCGAAGCUGAAAGGUGGUAAGAGCAAGGCCGUCCGCCGUGUUGUUUCGGUAUACUCUCUGACAUGAGAGAUCGUUCUUGAUACAAAACGAUAUUUUGAAUAGACAGACACGAGUGUGUU